AUGAGUUGCCGCACCUCUCCUGAUGCUCACCGCAUGUUUGUGGGGAACCUGCUGACGAAACCAGUGGAGCUGACCAAGACUGUGGACAUCAUGAGUCUACCCGAUCCUGUAUGGGACGUCCCGGCUGGGACAGAGUGCUCUCUGGCCGGAUGGGGAUUAACGAUAGAAAACGGUAACAGGUCAGCCCAGUCUGAUGUCCUGCUGUCUGUAAACGUCACCGUGAUCAACAGAGCCAAGUGUAAUUCCGGAAAAUACUACAACUUCAACCCUAUCAUCUAUGGAGGCAUGCUGUGUGCUGGUUACGUUGGAUGUCAGCCCCCGGCUGAUGCUUGUCAGGGAGACUCUGGUGGCCCGUUGGUGUGUGGAGGUAAACUAAGGGGAGUCGUGUCCUUCGGGUAUGGAUGUGGUCGCAAGACCAAACCUGGAGUGUACACACUCAUAUCGAAAUACCAGGACUGGAUCAAGACAAACAUCCAAACCGCUGGCUGAUUUAGCCAACUUCUGUCUAUUCUGAAAAACAUUGAUAUACAAUGAGCAAAAUGCCAUUUAAAAUCAUUAUUUUUUUAGCAACUGGAAAACACAAAGUGUCUUUCUCCUUCAAUAUGAAUUAAUAUCAAUCAAAAAAUCACUAAUCAAAUGAGCAUGUUGUGAACAGUCAAGAAGUGAAAGUAUAACAUUGUUCUCUGAAUUAUUGGGUGAUAUAACGCAACAAUUUGAUUUACAUUAUUGCUUCUGUAUGCUUCCUUUUCCUGCAUUUGAAAAUCAAUUAAAAAAAACAUCUUA